AUGCAAAAAUCUAUACGUGCAAAUGAGCAUCAAUUAUAUUAUUUAGUAAAUAAAGCUCGUGAAAAUGGUCUGGCUAAAUUAUCUGGUAAUUUAUGGAAAAGAAGUUUAGAUACUGGUAAAUGGCAAUUACGUUACUUUAUACUUUAUCAAAAUUUAUUAUUUUAUUUCGAUGGUGAACGUACAGAACGACCAUCUGGUGUUAUAUUUUUAGAAAGUUCUUAUUGUGAACCAAAUGUAAAUUUAAAAUCUGGACGAGAUGAUAAAACUAGUGGACAACAAGGAAACUAUUUUACGAUAUCAUAUCGUAAAGAAGGUGUCCGUCAAUAUGAUCUACGAGCUGAUACUGAAGAAGAAUGUUCAAUGUGGGUUGAUGCAAUCAAUAGUGCCAGUUUCAGUAAAUUAUUAGAAUUAAAACAAGAAGCUGAACAGAAACAAUUACAUUUAUCACAAAUACUUGAAACAGAACAACGAGCUAAAUGGCAUUAUGUUAAACAAAUUGAAGAAUUAACCGCUGAAAUAAAACAAUUAAAGUAUGAAUUCAAUGAAUAUCGCAUUGAUCGUCGAUUCAAUUUAGAAUUGGAAAAUGAAUCAGAGGAGUUGAGAAAAAUUAAAAAGGUGCAGUCAUUUUUUCGUGGUUGGUUAUGUCGUCGCCGGUGGAAACAAAUUGUUGAGGAAUAUAUUCGAUCGGAUCAUGCUGAAUCAAUGCGUCGACGUAAUAGUAUUGUAUUUGGCUUGGUUGAAUGUGAAGAUGAAUAUGUCCAACAGUUAUCUAUAUUAGUCACUUGUUACUUGAGACCAUUUCGUAUGGCUGCGAGUUCGAAAAAGCCAAUUGUUAGUCAUGAAGAUGUGAAUUCAAUAUUUUUAAACGCUGAAGCAGUUCUAUUUCUACAUCAAGUAUUUGUUCAAGGUUUACGGAAUAAAAUGGAGAAUUGGCCUACUUUACAAUUAGGUGAUCUAUUUGAUUUAUUAUUACCAAUGUUGGGAAUAUAUCAAGAAUAUGUACGUAAUCAUCAUUAUUCAUUACAAGUAUUAGCAGAAUAUAAACAACGUCCAGAAUUUACACAUAUGCUUAAACGUUUAGAAGAGAAACCAUUAUGUGAAGGUAGAUCAAUUGAAUCAUUUUUAACUUAUCCAAUGCAUCAAAUCCCACGUUACAUAAUCACUUUACAUGAAUUACUUGCUCAUACACCAUAUGAUCAUGUCGACAGAAAGAAAUUAGAGUUUGCCACAUCGAAAUUGGAACAAAUAUCACAUAUUAUGCAUGAUGAGGUCAGUGAAACAGAAAAUAUACGCAAAAAUUUGGCUAUUGAACGUAUGAUUGUAGAUGGAUGUGAUUUAUUGCUUGAUGUCAAUCAAGUAUUUGUACGUCAAGGAACAUUAAUUCAAGUGAUGUGUGAUAAAUUACGUUCUUCUCGUUCAAGAUUAGGAAAUUUCGGAUCAUCAUAUCGUGAAAGAAAAGAAGCUGUACGUCAAGUAUUUUUAUUUACCAAUCAUUUAUUGAUUACUGCUCGUACUAAUAAUGGUAAAUUAAGAUUAGUCAAAAACUGUGGUAAAAUUUCAUUAGUUGAAUGUACUUUAGUUGAAGAUACCACAGCAGAAUUAUUCAAUAUGGAUGAUGAAGAUCAAUUGAAUGUUACCAAUGAACAAAAAUGUCAACAAGACAAUACAUCACAAAUGACAAAAAACAAUACUGUUCAAUUAUUAAGUACAACACCAUUAAAUUUAAAUACUAAUGUUGAAUUAAAUACGCGUAAUUCUAUUUCAAUGAGUACACUGGGUACCAAUUCUACUACUAAUACUACAACAACAAGUAAUAGUGUUAGUAUGACUACACAUGAAUUAGGUCAACAACUUCCACAGAAUUUACAAAAACGUCUCAUAUGUCCAGAUUCAACACUUAAUCGAUAUACCUAUGUAAAUAAAUCAAAUCAAAUAGAUUCAAUAACAAAGUCUACAACGAUAACAGGUACAGUACAACAACAAUCAAUCCCAUGUCUAUCUACACAACAUAGACAUUCUACCUCAUUAUGUAUAGGAACUAAUAUUAAUAAUAAUAAUGAGAAUGAUUUACAUGAUACAGUGACAAACUGUUCUAUUAUACCAAUAUCUAGUACGGAUAUUUAUUCCACUAGUAUAAGUACAAUCGAUGAUGCUAGUGCAGUUCCAAUUACUACUAUUACUACAAUGACAACUGCUACUACUACUACUACUACUACUACUACUACUACUACUACAAUGACACCAACAAUGAACUCUAAUAAUACUUCUUCCUCUUUUAUUCUAAAUGGUCGUAAUAAUUCCAAUGUAUCAUAUUCAACAAUAACUUCACCAACAAUCACAUCAAUCAUAACACCAGAUAUAAAUAUUAUGAAUUCUAGUUCAUUAUUACCAUCAUCAUCAUCAUCAGCAGCAGCAGCAGCAGCAGCAGCAACAGCAACAUCAUCAUCAUGUAUUCAACCAACAAGUCCAUUAUCAUUUUCAAUGUUACAUCGAUUCAGUAGUAAUAUGGGUUUAUUUAAUUCAAUUAAUAAUAAUAACAAUAAUAAUAAUACAUGUAAUAAUGAUAAAACAGAUUAUGGUAAUUUAGAUUUUCGUUUAAUAUGGGAACCAAAAAAUGGUCAACCGACAAGUAUAUGGCUUGUUGCAUCAACAUUACAAGAGAAAGCCGCAUGGUGUUCUGAUAUUAGUCAAUGUAUUGAACAAUUGCAUUAUGGGGAUAUUUUAAAUUCAGCUCAAUCGGAUGUUUCCUCUGUAGCAAUGCCUCAAUCUAUUCGAUCGGAUCCAAAAUUGUUUAAAGAUGAUGUAGAUAUUAAAUUUAGUCAUACAUUGAAUUCAUGUAAAGUACCACAGAUUCGUUAUGCAACAGUUAGUCGUUUACUUGAUCGAUUAACUGAUGCCAGAUUCUUAUCAAUAGACUUUUUGAAUACUUUUCUACUUACCUACCGUGUAUUUACCACUGGUCUGUCGGUGAUAUGGGCAUUAAAUCAAGUUCUAGCAAAUCCGGAUGUAGAAAAUGGUGGCAAUACACCACAUUCUAAUCAAAAUCAAUCAUUUACAUACUCUCAUUUUGAAAAUCUUGAACAACGUGAUCGAUUGUAUACAGCUAGACCAUCAGAAGUUUCACUAACUAUAAAUCGUUUACCAGUUUUAGAAGAAUCUGCACAUAGUAUCACUGAUGAUAUAUCAUCAAGUCUAAAUUCUAUAUCACAAACAGGAGAUCGAUUAGAAACGAAUAAUAGUAGUAUGAUAAAUAGUAUAUCUAAUGAACUUAUGACAACUUUAUCAUUGAAUAAAGAAGAUUCAUCAAUAAACACUGAAACUCCUCUGAAUUCAUUUAUAUUACCAACAACAGUGAAUGGCACAAAUAAUAAUGUAUCAAUAAAAUUGCCAAAAAAGAUAAUUCCACGUCCAUUAUCUACCUCAGAAACAGUAAAAUAUUGUUCACCUUCUAUAACAUCAAAUCAAGAUUAUAAUACCCCGAAUGUAAUGAGUCAAUCAGUAAUUAAUGAAAGUCAUAGUUUAUCAUCAUCACCAUUAUCAUAUAAUAAACAAUCUAAUAAACAGAUUAUGAGUAGAAGUUUUCAAUCAUCUACAAUUGUUACAAUUCCAAUUCAGACAACAUCUACAACAAUGUUAAUUCCUCGUUCACCUGUAUAUAGUAAAUUUGUUGAUUUAAGAGAUGAUCCACCGUUGGAAUUACCUAUUCUACCAGAUUUGAAAAAAACGGAGAGAAAACAAAAACAAACUGAAUUCAAACAAAAGGUAGACAAUGUCAUCUCACCUAAUUCAUCUUCUUUAACUGAUCAAAAAGAAUUCGUGAAUACCAUAAAAGAGCAUACACGUUUAGCUCCAUUAGCAUCAUGUGAAGUAGUACCUGAUGAAUCUGAGUUAACAAAUUUAAAACAAGAAUUAUUCAAUAACAAACAACUAUCUAUAUCUACAAGUAACAAUGUCAAUAAUACCAAUAAUAAUGACAAUAAAUCUGAACCCGAUCCUAGUGAAAAUAAUUCACUCAAUCCUAAUUCACAUAGUAUAACAUGUAAUCAUUUAGACAAUCAAUUGGAUCAAUGUAAAAGUUUGUUAAAUCAAGAAAAACAAUUGAAACCGGAUUAUGAUGUAAUGACAAAACAAGAAGAAAUCAAAACAAGCGAACGAUAUAAGCAUAAUUUAUCAGCAGACAUAUCAAAAUCAGAUGUGGCCAUAUCAAUUUCAUGUGAAAAUCAGCCAACUGAACAUUUCAAAUAUCCACCAACUGAAGAGAUUGUUGCUAAGGAUGUUACAAAGACAAAUGAGAAAAGUUCAGAUCAUCUAAGUAUGUCAACUAGUCAACAACGGUCGAAUUUUCUUCAUUGGCCAUCCAAUAAUCAUAUUCAUAGCAGUAAUAAUAAUCAUAAUAGUCACUAUUCCAAACUGUCCAAAUCCCCAUCAUCACUUCAUUAUUCAAAUGAUAAUAAUCGAUUAUUAGAAAGUUAUUUAAAUCAAACUAUUGGAUCAUCAUUACUAUCAACAGAAAUCAAUACAGAUCGGAUACAAUCAAGAAAAAGUUUUGAUAAAAUUCCUGAAGAUAAUAUACAACAACAAGUACCAUUAGAAAGUCAAAAACAAUCAAAAGAUACUACUGAAUUACAUCAUAAUAGUACUUCAAACAUACAAACAUGUAAUAAACAAUCUACAGUAAUACUGAAAUCUUCUUCAUUAUCAAUCAAUAAUAAUAUUAAUAAUAAUAAUACAACCAAAUACUAUCCAGUUGCUGACAGUUUAGAUUUAGCUACACGUUUGACUGUUUUAAAAAAAUCACCAAAAUCAUUUACUGCAUGUCAAUCAUUAGCUAAACAUACAAUGAUUGCAGCAUUGAAUUGCUCCGGAGCUUUUGCUCAUUUAAAAACAACACCAAUAACAACAACAACAACACAAUAUCAAACUCAACAGCUAUCAAAUGAUAAUAAUACUACUCAAUUGAAAUAUUUAGAUAAUGAUAUAGAAUAUAAAAAUAUUAUCAUCCGAUCAUCUCCAUCAAGUCCUAAAAAGUAUUCCACAGAGAUUUCUUCAGAUAUCAAAAAUGCAAAACAAUGUGUGAAUAUUCGUGGUGCCUCUGAAGAAAGCGAGAACAUCGAUAUGGAUUCAUUCAAAACUGUCAAAAAUGUUUCUGCGAAAUCCGCCGGUGUUUUAGAAGCUUCAACAAAUGCUAAACAAUCAAUUCAAAACCAAUACAAACAGGCUGGAAUAGUCAAUUUGAAUCAAACAACAAAUGAACCGCGUCAAACUAUUCGAAAGAUCAAAGGAAAAGAAAUGGAUCAUUUAGAUGAAAAUAAACCAUCCUUAGAAACAAUAAAUUCAUUAUCAUCAAGUAAUAUUCAACGAAUUUCAGAUAUAAUUUUAAAAGAUAGAAAUGAUUCACUUAUUCCACAACAUUUAGGAAUUAAUGAUUGUGCUAGAGGAUCCGUAGUAUCAUGGUCAGGAGUUUCAAAUGUAUCAAAACCUAAACGUCCAUCAGUGUUCUCAUGCCCUGAAGCAGAAAUUGAAUCACCAAGAUCAAGUGUUGUAAAUCCAUCCCUUUGUGAAUUAGCUUCUAAUAAACGAACUCGACCAGGAGCAGUGGUUACUUCUUCUAGAAGAUCAAAACGACGAUCGAGUAACACAGCAGCUGCUCAAGCAUUUGCAGUCGCAACAGCAGGUAGUGCUAAUCCUCUAGCUGCAGUUGGAAUUAUGGGUUUAGGACCGAAUCUCUUUCGUUCCGGUGGUUAUCGUUUCACUGCUGGUACAGCGACUUCUGUAGCUUCACAAACUGGUCUAAGAUUAGGUCUAACUCCUCAUUCCAAUCCUUCUAUUGGUAACAUUACUAAUAAUAGUAAUAGUCCGAUUAUCAAUAGUGGUAGUAAUAGUAGUAAUAAUAUCAUGUCUCCAGUUUUCAUAAAUCGUUCACAAGUUCAAAAUACUUCUGGCUAUACUUAUCCAUUAUCUCCUGGUAUUUCUAAUAAAGUAAUAUCACCAACAACCAUAGGAACAAAUGGGACAGUAGUAGCAACAACAAUAAUGACUUCAUCCAUGGUAUUAACAACACCGACAUCAAAUACUACAUUUCGUUUAAAUUUAAAUAGAAGUGGAUUGAAUAUAAUUACAACAUCAACUCCAGGAACAAUAACCAAUACUAAUUCAACAUCAAAUAAUAAUACAUUCAAUUUUCAUCCAUAUAAUUUAACUAGUCCAACUUUAAUACAAUCAUCAUGUCUUGGUGUUGGAACCAAUACAGGACAUUGUACAAAUCAAGCAAAACGAAAUACAAUGUUAGCAACAGCAUCAUGUUUACGUGUAUUGAAUGUUGUAAGACAUUGGAUAACUAAAUUUCCAGAUGAUUUUGAAAGUGAUCCAGUUUUAAAACGAGAAAUGCUAACACUAUUAGAUACUUUAAUCACUUGUCCUCAUUUAAUGCCUAAUGAUCAAAAAGUAGUUAAUCAAUUAUUACUUCAAAUGAUUUCAGAUCAAUUAGUACAAGAUAGAAUUGAUCUUGAUAGUAUAUUAACUCCAAGACAAAUUCCAUCAGAGAAAAAUUUUGAUCAAUUAUCUGCAUUGGAUAUUUCGGAACAAUUAACUUUUUUAGAUUUUCAAAUAUUUCGAUCAAUACGUAGCGAGGAAUUACUUAAUCAAUCUUGGAUGAAAUUAGACAAAGAAGAAAAAGCUAAACAUGUUCUACUUGUUUGUAAACGGUUUAAUGAGGUUAGUCGCCUAGUUGUUUCUGAAAUUAUAUCACGAACAGAUUUAAAUGAUCGAGUGAUGUGUAUUGAUAAAUGGGUAGCUAUUGCUGACAUUUGUCGAUGUAUGCAAAAUUAUAAUGGUGUAUUACAAAUAUGUUCAGCAUUAGUGAAUAGUUCUGUUUAUCGACUUAAACGAACCUGGGAACGUGUUAGUAAACAAACAAAACAAUCAAUUGAUCGUUUACAAAUGCUUGUUGCAUCUGAUGGACGAUUUAAAUCAAUGCGUGAAGCUUUACAUAGAUGUGAUCCUCCUUGUAUUCCAUAUCUUGGAAUGUAUUUAACUGAUUUAUCAUUUAUUGAAGAAGGUGCAUUAAAUAUUACAGAGAAUAAUUUGGUCAAUUUUUGUAAAAUGCGUAUGAUAGCUCAUGUAAUACGUGAAGUUCAACAAUAUCAUCAAACACCUUAUCUUAUAACGCAUAGACAAGAAGUUACUGACUAUUUAUUAGAUCCAUCAAGACUUCUUGAUGAAGAACAAACUUAUCAGGCAUCAUUAACUAUUGAACCAAGACAAUCAAUUAAUCGACAAUCAUUAUCAGGAUUUACAUAA